AUGUCCAAUGUUCAAGAGUAUGUCAUCGAGCGCCGCAAAAAUGAGCACCAUAUCGUUAUACCGGUAUCUGUGCUUGAUGCCUGGGGCGCGAAAUACGGGCCAGAUGAUCUUCUGAAAAUGAUCUUCGAUAUCGAACGCGCAGUCAGAGCCAUUGACGAGUCACGUUCGAGAAACAAUCUGACACGGGAUGAGAUACCGAGGGAAUUAUACAACCACAUCUGCAACAAGAACUUCUUACAGAAUGAUAUAGGAAGGUUUGUCCAAGCUGCCAUGCUGGUUGGUGAUGAUAUAGAUCCUAUCAGAUAUUUUAAAGGAUCAGACGCUUCGUGGGACGAAGAAUCGAGGGUGAAGAUGAUAGGUGUCUCCCUCAACGGAGAAAAAGAUCGUCAUGGGCGUGAUUUGAUGCUGCUGCAGGUUCUAUACGGGGGACUCCCGUUGAAUAUGGUCAAAAACGCCACUGAAGUUCUUCAAAUCUUGUAUUAA